AGAAGGGCUGCGGUCAGCCAAAGAGCCUCUAACAGAAGUGGAUGAGGCCCCAGAGGAAGAUAAAACAGAGGUAGAGAAGGAGGAACUUGUUCCUGUAGAAGUGGAAAAAGGAGUAUCAGAAGAAGGAACAAUGACUGAAGAGGAGGAGAACACAGCUGGAGAGGCAGCUACUGCAGAUGACUUAGUUCAAGAAGGAGAUAUGGACACACCAUCAACCAAACCUGCCGCUGACUCAGCUAUACGUACACCCAGUGAAGAGGAGCCAACACCUUCAGCAGAGGAGCAACACAGUGAGGAAAUUUUACCCAAGCUUCCUGAUCUCCAAAGAGUGUCUGUGGUUGUAGUAGACCUGAAAAAAACUAACCAUGAAGUCCAGGAAGAAAUGGCAACUGUAGAGGAGGGGGUUCCUGGAGAAAAGACUGCUGCUGAGGAAGAAGAGAAGGUGGAAGAAACUACAAAAGCGGAAGAAAUAAUGGCAGAGGACCAAGUUCCAGGUUCCCUUGUUGGAAUAGAAAAAACUGAGUCAGAGAAGGUGGUAGUGGAGGAGGAAGGGUUUGAGGAGAAAGCGGAAGAUGCAGUUGCAAUACAAGAUACAGCUGGUGAGACAGCUAAACAAGAUGAGGCUAAAACUGUUGAUGCUGAUGAUGAAGAGGAGGAACUUACAGUUGCCGAAAUCAGAGCACUGAGAGGCAAAAAGAAGGCAGUCAAAGCAACACCAACACGCAAAUUAGCACGAGGCAGACAGAAAAAGGGUGUGGAAGAAAAGGAGGAAACUACAGAAAUAAGGGAAGAGGAACCAGCAGUUGAAGUCAGAGUUCUGAGGAGGGGAAGGAAGUCUAUCCCUGUCACACCAAGAUGUACAACGAAAAGAACACACAAGCAUAUCCAGGAAGAGCAGGAGGAAGAAGAAGAGGAAGAGGGAGGAGAGGAAUCUACAGCAGUUGAGAGACAGGCAGAGGAACAAGCUGAGGAACAACAGCAGACGAUUGAUCAGGAAGAGGGGGAGAGAGUUGAAGUAAAGAAUGCAACUCAACAGGCAGAAAAUAUAGAACCAGAGAAAGUGGAUCCUGUGUCAGAGGAGGGACAGGCCAGCAGUUCUGAGACAGAGGCUCCAGUUGGUGCUGAUGAGGGAAAGACCUUGGAUGAUGCUGCAGAGGAAGCAGUCACAAUGCCAGAUACUGUGGAGGGGGAACAGUCAACCUCCAUAGCUGAACCGGCACCGUUGACCGCAAAGGAUGAUGAGGCAGAAGGCGUUUCUGAGGAGGAACCACCAGUUAUUGAACCAAGAGUUCUGAGAAGUGGUGAAGAGACAGUUAAAGCCACGGCAAGAAGCAAAACCACAAAAAGAGAUCAGCAAGAUAAAGAGGCAACUGGAGAGAAAAGCACAGAAGAAGAAUCAGCGGUAGGAACAAGAGUUCUGAGGAAGGGAAGGAGGACUGCUCCUGCCACACCUAGACGUAAAUCUAAAAGACCCCGCACACAGUGUCAGCCAGAGGAAGAGGGAGAAGAAGAGACUACUCAUGCUGAAGAGACUGAAGGAGAGGAAGAAGAGGCAGGGCAGGAAUUGCAUGAGGAGAAAUGUGAGAUGGCUGAGGAAGAAGGAAAGAGUGUGGAAAUGGGGUUAAAGGAAGACAAAGAUGUGGAAAAGGAAGAAGCCGAGUGUGUGGCAGGGAAAGAAUCCACUCCAGCUGAAGAGAUGCAAGCAGGGGAAGUCAAAGCAGCGCUGGAAAAAUCUACAGAAAAAGAGGAAAACAAAGAUGAGAAGAUUGAGGAUGAAGCUGCUGCUGAGAAAGAAGAAAACACAGAGCCAGAAGAAGAUAAUGAGCAAGAGGAAGAGGCAGCUGGAGAGAGAAGCACAGAAGAUGAAGUAGCAGUAGAAACAAGAGUUCUGAGGAAGGGAAGGAGGUCUGCUCCUGCCACACCUAAGCGUAAAUCUAAAAGAGCCCGCAGACAGUGUCAGACAGAGGACGAUGGAGAAAACAAAGCAACUCUGGCUGAAGACAUACAAAUAGAGGAAUCUAAAACUGAUGAGAAAAAAGACAACAGUGAUGAGAAAACACAAGAAAAGGAUGGGGAGGAACCUGUAGCCAAUGAAGAAGACAACACAGAGACAAAAAUUGAGAUUAAAAAAGUAGAAGCUGUGCUAGAGGAAUCACUUCCAGAACAAGAGACAGCUGAAGAGGAACAGCCUGCUGAGACACAUGCACAUGGACAGGAAGAGACUCCUGUUGUGGAAAGUGCUGAAGAAACACCUAAUACAGAUGAGGGAAAGGUUACUGAUGAGGAAGAAGCAUCAGUUGUUGAAACAAGAGUUCUUAGGAGUGGCGGGAAGGCAGUGAAAGCCGCACAGAGAUCCAAGACUGCAAAAAAACAACAAGAAGAAACUGAACAAGAAGGGACAGUGGUGGAAAAGAGUGCUGAUACAGAUACAGAACCGGCAAUAGAAACAAGGGUUCUGAAGAAGGGGAGGAGGUCUGCUCCUGCCACACCUAGACGUAAAUCUAAAAGAGCACGCACACAAUGUCAGCCAGAGGAAGAGGGAGAUGGGACUACUCCUGGUGAAGAGACUGAAGGAGAGGAAGAAGAGGCAGGGCAUGAACUGCCUGAGGUGAAAGGGGAGAAGGCUGAGGAAGAGGGAAUGAGUAUGGAAGUGGGGGUAAAGAAAGACAAAGAUGUUGAAGAGGACAAAGUUGAAAGUGUGGCAGGGGGAGAAUCUGCAGAACAAAUAACAGAUACCUUGACAGAUGAAGCAGCUGUGCUUGAAAAAGAGGACAACAACAUGGCAGCUGGGGGUGAGACCGGUACUGACAUGGUUGAAGUAGAAGAGAUAAAGUCAGCCAAGGAAGAGGGAACCACUGUAACAGAAAAAUCUACUGCAGCUGCAGAAAUGGGAUCUCACACUGCCAUUGUUGAAGGAGAGGCACUAGCUGCAGAUGAAUCUGUGGUGGCAGAGGAACAAGCUCUAGCUGUAACAACAAGAACACUCAGGAGCAAAACAAAAACUUCACUCGCCACAUCUUUACAAAGAUCCAGGAAACAGAAAGGCCAAGGAGCAGUGGAGCAGGAAGAGCAGGAAGAGGAAACCCCUGAGGAUGAGGAAACAGAAGAAGUGCAUCAAUUUACUGAUGAUUCUCCUGAAAACGGAGAACAAGAAGAAACUGAUGAAACAUUACCUACUGGACAAGAGGCAGGGCCUCCAGCUGAAGAUAAUGCAGAGGACCAGGCUAAGGAAAUAGCUGACGACAGAUUGGUCGAGUCAGCUGGUGAAGAACCAGAAACAGAAGAAAUGGAAUCAUUGGAGGAAGAGCCAUCAGAAAGUAAAGAAGAUAAACCUCAGGAUUCCUCAGAGGUCGAAAGCAGAAGUCUCAGAGGGAAGCGGAAAACUGUUGCAGACAAAGAAGACAUAGCAGAAGAAAUCCAACUUCCAAAACGAAGAUCUGUACGGAAAAGACCAAGAGUGGAUUACAAGGAAAAUGAUGAAGAGGAUGAGGGAGGUGAGACUGAAGCAGCCACUGACAAGGAGGAAGAGAAUACAGUGGAAUCGGAUAAGGACAAAGACGACAAGGAAGCUGAAGGUCCUGCUGAUGAACCGGAGCUGGAGGAAAGCAGCAGAGAAGAUAACUUACAGAACAAUGUGGGAGCUGUUGAGAGUACUGGUGAAAAGGGGGACAUCAUAAAUUUAGUAUUGGAUAUAGAUGAAGAGGUAGAGACAGCAGGUAUAAGGCCAGAGGACAAGGAAGAUGAGGGGAGUAUGUCAGAGGAAGAGGAGCCUAAAGUGAUUGGAAAGAGGGUUUUAAGAGGAAGGUCAAUUCCCUCAAUAAUAAUCACACCCCACUCCAAAUCCAGACACCGCAGCCCUAAAGUUAAAAAAGCAGAGGAGUCUUUGUUCGAUGAAGAAAAGAGUCCUCAAUCAUCUCAAAAGAGAAGCCUCCGCAAGAGAAAAAGCACUGAGGUAACACCAACUCGCAAAUCUAAGCGUCACAGCAGAGUUUAGGAUGUUGUGGAUAUGAAUGGCAUUGGCACACAAAAGUAGUGCGUAGUCACAAAACUAGGAAAAUGCAGAAACAAACAAACAUCCUUUUAUAUAAUGAAUGUUUUAAUGCAUCAAAUUUUAAUGCAUCAGAACAUUUCUUCUCCUGAUUACAAUGAGAUUAAGUGAUAUUCUGUGAGAGCACUGGAUGGGGCCCAGCCGGGUGGGGGCACAGAAACAAAAAAAGUCAUGGCUCAACUUUUGCUGCAACAUACUGCUUAGGCCAACCAAAUAUAUGCAAGCACACAUUCCUUAUUAGCUUGUCGAGAUCGGAAGACUGCACACAAAUACAUAUACAGAUUUGAACUUUUGACUUAAAAAGCCAUAAUAGACCUUUUUCACGGCAGCCAUUUUGACAUAAAAUAGUAGGGUAAACACAGGUGGUACCAUUGAUACUACCGUAAUCAAGGUUCUGUUCCAUUCAGGUCAAACAGAGUCAGGGUGCUGCUGGUGGCUUACUGGAAAGGCUUUGCUAGACUAAAUGGAACAGAGCCUUAAAUAUUAUUAUUAGUAACACCCUUGUGUACCCUACUAUUUCAUGUAUAAAUGGCUGCUGUGAAAAAGGUAUAUAAGUAUUUUAAUAAGAUUUGUGUGGUGAAUAUUUUUAUAUUGUAAAUAUGUUCUUACAUUUCAGUAAAAAUGUGAAUGUCUAGUUUGCAUUGUGUAAUGUAGUGGCUGAAUAUAAUGUUUCAGUCCCUUUUCAUUUGAGAUGAUUGAGAUUUUUAUUACUCAGAAACAUGCAACAAGAUCAAAUUAGAAAUAUUGUGAAAUAAAUUGGUCUUAUUUAAAAAAAAAGUUUAAAUGUCAAACUUUAUUUUUUACAUUAGUAAUUUUGGAAUGUUUUUUUAGAAUUUGUGUACUUUGAUAAAAAAACAAAAAAAUUACCAAAACAUGUUCUUGCUUUGCAAUUAUCAGCAGAACUCAGGUCUUAAUAUUUACAUGUUCUUUUUUGAUACACAUAUUACAUGUAUGGAUUUUAGCACAGGGACCUGUGGGUGUUAAUGUACUUCUUAUAUGUAAUCCCCUCACAUGUUACACUUUGUGAACUUGAGCAUUAUAACCUGUAAAGAGGACAGUUUUCUCAAACCAUCAUGUAGCCAACGUCCUCAAUCAUGUUAAUGUUUUUAAUGAUGUAUUAUUUAGUUGACAUCAUGCAUUCACAUCAAAUGUCUAAGUGUUUAUUUUGUUUUAUCAUUUGGAAACCAACGUUUAUUUAGCAGUGUUUUUCGCAAAUUGUUUGUGCUUUAUAGCAGCAGGCAUUUAACAACUUAACUGCAUUUAUUUUUCUUUUGUGUGGACUAACCUUUCUCUGUAAAGUUAUUUUUCCAUUAACUGAAAUUCCCUUUUUUGUGGAAAAUAAAGAUUUUUGAAAAAAAUA